AUGUCAGACAAGCCUAGGUCAGGCCGGUCGAGCUAUGGCAGAGCUAUCGAGCUCAUCGUCGAAAUUCCCUCUCGGAAGCCCAAAGCGCGUCCGCUCGCUCCCAAGCCGGUUCCUUCCCCCGCCGCAUCGUCCUUAUCUUCCGCUCCCUCCAUAUUCCCUCCUACACUGCACGUAUCGACGAUGGAUCCCUCACUGCCGGUCGUACCCAAGUUACCCUCGCCAGCUGUCCUCGCUCAGCCGGUCGUCCCACCACCAUCACCUCCAUUCCCUCCGCCUCAGCCUCAGCGGUCACCGGUACCGGUAUCGCGUCCAGAGCCAACGUCAGCCGCCACACCGCCAGUAUCAGUACUGGAUCCACCAAUACCUCCACCCUCAGCACCUGCAGCUUCACCGGCGCCCAUUGCAGCUUCAGCUGCUGCUCCAGCACCCCCGCCAGCUCCUGCUCCAGCUCCAGCUCCGGCACGACCGGUCUCGGUACCGGCGCCUCCAACCCAGAGUCGGCAGCAGCUCGUCGCUCGGAUCCGUACGCUAGAGACUAGCCUCACUACCGCUCUCGGCCUCAUCACGCAGCAAGGGAAGGCGAUCAAGGACCUGCAGGUCUGGCAUCUCGAGACCAACACCAGGGUCAGUCAGGCGCAGGUCGGGGUAGCGCAGCACGGGCUGGCGAUUGGGGAGUUGAGGGUCAGGCAGGAUGGAACGGAGGCGGUAUGUACGACGCUCAUGGCGGGUCUGACGGGGGCGGUGGUGAAUGCAGCGCAGACAUUGGGGGCGGGGCGCAGUCUGGGCGCGUCACGGCUGGAUACGGCGGAUUCGGGCGGGCCGGGCGGUCAGGGAGGGGAAAGACAGGGAGGAGGGGUCGGUCUACCAUCCCCUCCUCUCAGUCAGCCAGUAUCGGCGUCGCCCUACUACACCUCGGCGGACGAUAGCGUCCCCGUCGCUGGUCCAUCCCGGUCGCGCGUAUUGUCAACCACGCCCGAUCCACCCGAUAGCAGUCCCGACCCACUCAGCACACCCUUCGAGCCUAUCCAGGAGGAUCAGGCAUCUCCGUCGAGACACUCGGACAAAGAAUCCGCCCCCGCCCAAGUUGUCACCCCGCGCAGCCUGAAGGGCGGGUCACCUGCUGAGGACAGGGAGAGGGGGAAGAGGGAGGUAUCGCCGGAUACGGAGCCGGAAGCAGAGGCGGAGGAGCAGACGGUGCAACUGGGGAAGCGCGAACGGGUGGAUGAUGUAGGAGAGGAGUUGGCGGAUAUGGUGGAGGCUGUGCCGCACUUUGCCGAGGUGAACGGAGCGGGCGCAGCUGUUUCCGGAGGUGGGGGAGAAGAGACGGGACGGCGGAAGAAGAAAAAGAAGAAGAAGAAGAGGACGUAG